GUUUCUGAGAGCUUUAGUGCCUUACUUUCGAUAAAAAUAAAAAAAAGGUAAGAACGAGACUCGGUCACGUCACUCCCAAGGGGCGAGGGCACCAGGAGUAUAUCUACUGUGCAAUUCAUCUUCUCGUCACAAUCGAGGAAAGACCAGCAAGACAGAGGCAACAUGAAGAUGCAGAUGUUGGUGUUGUUGGCCGUAGCAGCCAGUCUGUCCGAGGGACGGAUAUUCUCCAAAUGUGAGCUGAAGAGCUUAUUGGAGGAGGCGGCCCUCAAAUUCAACCUGACUGCGAAAGCCAAAGUGAAGAACCUGACAAACAAGGAUUUUGUGGCUAAAAGUAAGUUACAUUACAUAACCCAAUGCUUUAAAAAAAAAAAAAUCUGAAGGAAUGGUUAAAUACUGUGGACUGGUUUCCCGGAACACAGAUGAAGCCUAGUCCCGGACUGAGAAACUCUUUAAAUCGAGAUUCUCAAUUGAAAUGGCUUUUUAUUAUGACCAGGCUAAAUCUGUGUCUGGGAAAUCGGCCCUAGGAGUCUGAUUGUAAAGUAACGCUACAUGUUUGUUGCCUCUUCCAGUCGUCUGCCACGUGGAGAAGGCCACAGGGUUCAACAGCAGUUUUGUGACUGCUUGGAGGGAUGACGACGGCCCUGAUGUCCUCUCAACCCGCCCUGCUAAAGUUAAUGACCGCCAUCGCCCCGAGCCCCCUCAUAGGAGGGGGAAGAGACACGCCGGGGAUGAUGUCCACCCUAACCACCCUAACCACACUGCUAACAAUGACAACCAUCCUACCCAUCCUACCCACCCUAACCACCCUAACCACCCUACCCCUCCUACCCAUCCUACCCUUCCUAGACGCCCUGAGCAGCCUCCUAAGAGGGGUAAGAGACACGCUGGGAAUCACUUCACCUCAGGAGAAGACUCCAGCGAAGAAGAGACCAUGGGAACCCUCUACGGCUUGUUCCAGCUGAGCGAUCGUGUGAUUUGUUCCUCGGGCUCCACUCCAUCUCUGAACCUUUGCCAGAUGAACUGCAGUGGUGAGUUCAAUGUGUCAAUGUGCUCAAAAUGCUCAAGCCUAUGACAAAACCUAUGUAUCUAAGUGGUCAAGAUGCUCGAGCCUACGACAAAAUCUAUGUAUCUAAGUGGUCAAGAUGCUCAAGUCUGUGAGAAAAUACACAACAGGUUUAUUAAUAGGGUAGUUGGAUGUUAGAUUCAAAUGUCUUGUAUGACAGUGUUCAGUUAAGGAUCUCUGUUGGGCUUUUUGUUUCUCUCAAGCUUUGAUUGACGACAACAUAAGUGAUGACUUAACCUGUGUGGAGACGAUCAAACGGACAAUGUAAGUGUUUGGUUUUGAGGUGGAUGUGUUCUCUCCGGUUUCUUCAUGUGUUAAUAUACUUGUUUGUAAGUGCAGGAAUUCUUAUUCACUUUUAGAUUGUCUUUUUUUUUCUUCAUUCAAACAGGGAAAUUGGACCCGGUCAACAAACAAAGGCUCUAAAGAGAAUGUAAGUAUGCAAAUGAGAAAUUGUGUAUUUUACAUUUUGUAAAGACAUUUUAUUUCCAUCAUAUCAAAGCGAGUUAAUUGGUUGGCAUUCAAUGUUUAAAUGUGUGAAAAGUUCUAUGAGAACGUCACUUUAGGACGUCCUUUUAGUGAAUUUAUGCGAGCACCUCUAAGGGUUGUAACUGAAUAUGGACAUUUUAACGCUUUCUUGAUGGAAUUAUUCAUAUUGGUUUUAAUUAUCUUGUAGGAUCAAGCUGCUCUUCCAGAAGGAGUGUGACAUGACGGUCGCCUCUAGCUACUUUUCCAAGUGUUGAGAAGCCAUGUUAGACGACAAUCCCCCAAUUACAAAAGAUCCGAAUUGGGCUGCCCCCGUGUAAACGCAGCCGUGGUGUGUAACAUGUAUAUCUCACCAGCUUCAUGUUCACAAAGUACAGCGGAAUAGAAUGUAGCGUGUAGAAAGAAUAAACACGGACAUUACAUUGA